GGCGGGUCCAAGGCGCCCAGGUGGCCGCGACGGAAGGGCUUGUUUCUCUGGCCUAGGCUGUGGUUGGCAGCCGGCUGGGGAGAGAAGGGACUCAGGGAGGCAACCUGGUUCCCGCCCGUUGCUGAUUUCGCAGCGCUCUCCCGGGCUGCCCCCUUUUCCUUCCCCCUCAGGCCACUACUUGGAGCGUUCCGCUCCGCGGCGGGGGCGGAGCCAGGGGCGGGGCUGAGCGCGGCCUGGGCGGGCUACCCGGCGGCUGGGGUGGGCGGGCGUCUUCUUCCCGCCCGACGGACCACCACGCGACCGCCGGGACGUAAAAGGGGCUCGGCAGGGGCGUCCUCGCCCCACGCCCGAAACCCGGUUUCCCGCCGCUCCCUCGAGCGUCGGGAGCCCAGCAGGCCUGGCCGAGGCGGGACCUUCGUCGCUCCAGCCCCCGUCCCCGCCUCCGCGCCUCCCCACCGCGCGAAGCUCUGGUUGGCUUGCUUUCCGACCAGACUUAGGGGCUAGCGUUUAGAAAAGUCUCGACCUCCUCCGGCCCGGUCCCAUCCUGAGAACUGUCUAAGGCUGUGAGUGUCCGGGAACCAGACCCGCUUGGAGGCCUCAGCCCUGACGUCCCGCGCCCACGCGGCAGAUCGGGCACUACGGCCCGGGAGCGUCUGGGAGAUGCGGAGCAGGAGCAAUUCCGGUGUCCGCUUGGACGGGUACGCGCGGCUGGUGCAGCAAACCAUCCUGUGUUACCAGAAUCCCGUCACCGGGCUACUGUCAGCCAGCCAUGAGCAGAAGGAUGCCUGGGUGCGGGAUAACAUCUACAGUAUCCUGGCCGUGUGGGGCCUGGGCAUGGCCUACCGCAAGAAUGCAGACCGCGAUGAGGACAAGGCCAAGGCCUACGAGCUGGAGCAGAACGUGGUGAAGCUGAUGCGAGGUCUUCUCCAGUGCAUGAUGAGACAGGUGGCCAAAGUGGAGAAGUUCAAACACACUCAGAGCACCAAGGACAGCCUGCACGCCAAGUACAACACCGCCACCUGCGGCACGGUGGUGGGCGAUGACCAGUGGGGCCACCUCCAGGUGGAUGCCACCUCUCUCUUCCUCCUGUUCCUGGCCCAGAUGACUGCCUCAGGCUUACGUAUCAUUUUCACCCUCGAUGAGGUGGCCUUCAUACAGAAUCUUGUCUUUUACAUAGAAGCUGCAUAUAAAGUCGCUGAUUAUGGAAUGUGGGAGCGUGGAGAUAAGACUAAUCAGGGCAUCCCAGAAUUGAAUGCAAGCUCCGUAGGAAUGGCCAAGGCAGCUCUUGAGGCAAUUGAUGAACUGGACCUUUUUGGAGCCCAUGGAGGACGCAAGUCAGUGAUUCAUGUUCUGCCGGAUGAGGUUGAGCACUGCCAGUCUAUUCUGUUCUCCAUGCUGCCAAGAGCAUCGACAUCUAAAGAAAUUGAUGCUGGACUUCUUUCCAUUAUUUCCUUCCCGGCCUUUGCAGUGGAAGAUGUAAACCUCGUAAAUGUGACCAAAAAUGAAAUUAUUUCUAAGCUCCAGGGGCGUUAUGGAUGCUGUCGCUUCCUUCGAGAUGGUUAUAAAACUCCAAGAGAGGACCCUAAUCGACUGCAUUAUGAUCCUGCUGAACUCAAGCUCUUUGAAAACAUUGAAUGUGAGUGGCCUGUGUUUUGGACAUAUUUUAUAAUAGAUGGAGUCUUCAGUGGUGAUGCUGUUCAGGUCCAAGAGUACCGAGAGGCCCUGGAGGGAAUACUGAUUAGAGGCAAGAAUGGGAUCCGCCUGGUGCCAGAACUCUACGCUGUCCCGCCUAACAAGGUAGAUGAAGAGUACAAGAAUCCUCACACGGUAGACCGAGUUCCUAUGGGGAAGGUCCCUCAUCUGUGGGGCCAAUCCUUGUACAUCCUCAGCUCGCUGUUGGCAGAGGGAUUCCUUGCCACUGGUGAAAUCGAUCCCUUAAAUAGAAGAUUUUCCACUUCAGUCAAACCUGAUGUUGUAGUACAAGUUACUGUUUUGGCAGAAAACAAUCACAUUAAGGACUUGUUGAGGAAACACGGGGUGAGCGUCCAGAGUAUCGCGGACAUUCAUCCAAUUCAAGUUCAGCCGGGCCGGAUUCUUAGUCACAUAUAUGCCAAGCUUGGACGAAAUAAGAAUAUGAAUUUGAGUGGGCGACCGUAUCGACAUAUUGGUGUCCUUGGAACCUCUAAACUAUAUGUGAUUAGGAACCAAAUCUUUACUUUUACACCCCAGUUCACCGACCAGCAUCACUUCUACCUGGCCCUCGACAAUGAGAUGAUCGUGGAGAUGCUAAGGAUCGAGCUGGCCUACCUGUGCACCUGCUGGAGGAUGACGGGCAGACCCACGCUCACCUUCCCCAUCAGCCGCACCAUGCUUACAAAUGAUGGCUCAGACAUUCAUUCUGCUGUGCUUUCCACAAUUAGAAAACUAGAGGAUGGAUAUUUUGGAGGAGCCAGGUUGUCUCCUCCCCACCCCCCAUUGUCUUUGCCAAUCUCUUUUGCGCUCUGCCUCUCACCCUUCCUCCUACCUGCGAAGGCCUGCACGGACCUGCUGUCGCACCAGAAGCAGCUCACCGUAGGCCUGCCGCCCGAGCCCCGGGAGAAGAUCAUCUCCGCGCCCCUUCCCCCGGAGGAGCUCACAAAACUCAUCUAUGAGGCCAGCGGGCAGGACAUCAGCAUCGCCGUCCUCACGCAGGAGAUUGUGGUUUACCUGGCCAUGUAUGUCAGGGCGCAGCCCAGCCUCUUUGUGGAAAUGCUGAGACUCCGGAUUGGACUGAUCAUUCAGGUGAUGGCCACGGAGCUGGCACGGAGCCUGAACUGCUCAGGAGAAGAGGCUUCUGAAAGUUUAAUGAACCUCAGCCCUUUCGAUAUGAAAAAUCUCCUGCACCAUAUUCUAAGUGGGAAAGAGUUUGGCGUUGAAAGAAGUGUGCGCCCUAUCCACUCCUCCACAUCCAGCCCUGCCAUCUCCAUCCACGAGGUGGGCCAUACUGGAGUCACCAAAACUGAGAGGAGUGGCAUUAACAGACUGAGGAGUGAAAUGAAACAGAUGACUAGGCGGUUUAGUGCUGAUGAACAGUUCUUUUCUGUGGGCCAGGCCACGUCCAGCAGUGUGCAUUCCUCCAAGUCUGCGAGGUCCAGCACCCCGUCCUCGCCCACUGGCACGUCAUCCUCAGACUCGGGAGGACAUCACAUCGGCUGGGGGGAGCGGCAGGGCCAGUGGCUGCGCAGGAGAAGGCUGGACGGGGCCAUCAACAGGGUCCCCGUGGGAUUCUACCAGAAGGUGUGGAAGAUCCUCCAGAAGUGCCACGGUCUCUCCAUCGAUGGUUACGUCCUCCCAUCCUCGACGACCCGAGAGAUGACCCCCCAUGAGAUCAAGUUUGCUGUCCAUGUUGAAUCGGUGCUGAACCGCGUGCCACAGCCUGAGUACCGGCAGCUGCUGGUGGAAGCCAUCAUGGUGCUGACGCUGCUCUCAGACACGGAGAUGACCAGCAUUGGGGGCAUCAUCCACGUGGACCAGAUUGUGCAGAUGGCCAGUCAGCUGUUCUUGCAGGAUCAGGUGUCGAUUGGAGCCAUAGACACCCUGGAGAAAGACCAAGCCACGGGAAUCUGCCACUUCUUUUACGACAGCGCUCCGAGUGGGGCUUACGGGACAAUGACCUACCUAACAAGAGCGGUGGCUUCUCAUUUGCAGGAAUUGUUGCCCAAUUCGGGCUGCCAGAUGCAAUAGGCUCUCACCUGGAAACAUGAUCACGCUCUAAACCUGUCACGGGCCCCCUAGCCUUAUUGGGAAGCUUCUGUCGCCCAAGAUCCCCUGUGCUAUCAGGAAAGCAUGUCCCAUCAGAAACACUCUCGGGGGGGCGAUGGCAGCACUCACCCUGAAACUGAUGUCUGUUGAAGCCACAGAGAUAGAGCUGAGGAUUCCUGUGCUCCCCGCCAAGGAUCACCCCGGGAUCAUUUUCUAGGUUCAUUUCUCUGGAACAUUUGUCGUAGCAUCUGGUCUCACGGACUCCGAGGAGGAAUUGGAAAUUGGUCUCUUUUGAGUGCAGAGGGAACCGAGGCGCCAGCUUAAAUUGGCUCUUGCAGAGAGUUACAGAAAUAGUUUCGAUGAGCUAGUGACACAUCCUAAAGAUGCAGAGAUCCUCCCGGCGGCAGUAGCCUUGACAAGGGCCACCUCUUCACAGGAUGCAGUCUGUCUGUGCACCAAACUGUUCACCAAAUAGAACGCUUGUGUCUCUCUCUGGAAUUGGGGUUUCCUUGUGCCUCGCUUGCUUUCAUAGCCUUCCAUUUUAUUGGCAACGGCUGCCUUCAUGUAACAUAAUUCUCUAUCCCCAAGGUUUAGAAAAUUCCGCUUCAUUCACCUUGGCUCAUGGGCUUCUAGGGUUUUUAUCCUGGCUGUCCAUGAACUAGGGUUUUCUCCUGCCUUAGGAAAAAUCCUGCAUCUUCUGGAAUCUAGGGGAAAAAAAAAAAAAAAGACAGCAAGGCUCCUCUUAUAGCCAGGCAAGCAGUUGUUUUAGGGCUAGGCCUGUGGUCCCCGCUUGUGUGGGGUGAACGCCUCCCAGUGGAUACUUUCCUCCCGUGGUCUGGGCGAGGUGUCAUAGGGUGAGCACAAGUCAGCAGUGCCAUGGAAAUGAACAGGCAUGUCUCCGCAGAAACAAUGCUUCCCUCUGAAAAACAGAGCCAGGCGAGGAACCUGCACCCUCUUGGUAGAGGCACUUUGGUCUUCUGUCUCUCAGGUGGGUGCAGUCGGGGGCAUCGAUUGGAGGGGAGCAAGGUCGAGUCAGGCGUCAGGGUCUGGCAAAUCUUUCGCCAAUGUCUUAGCAAUGGAGUUUCUCCGGGCAUUGUCUUACCUUGGGGGAAGGAAACUAACCAAGGGGAAAACAGUUUCUGUAAAUAAUAAACCCUGAAAGACAAA